CCAUGUCAACAAAUAUGUAAACAAAAACAAUCAACUCAACAACAAAACCAGAAUUCAGUUUAAGGAAACUUUCAUGCUGCUUAAGGUUUUAAUAAAAACAUUUUAUGAUGAGUAUGACACGAUGGCUGGACGUAGAAGUGGGAACAGAUGAAAUCGAACUAAAUACCUUACCUUCAAACCUGGCGCUUGUGGACCUGAACAAUGAUAAUGAAAUGAAACUUCUUGUUGGUGACUUGGGGAAGGGAGAAGAAGGUCCUAAAUUGAAGGUUUUUAAAGGUACAAUGCAAGUUUCCGACUUAAUGUUACCAGAUUUACCUCUAGGAGUUGUGGGGUUCUACGCCAGUGAAUCAGUGCCCCAUGCCAGUCCAAUCAUAGCCGUGGCAUUCAGCUCCUGUGUGUACAUGUAUCGCAAUUUGAAGAUAUUCUACAAAUACUAUUUGCCUUCGUUUGACCUGAGCACUUGUGAGAUGGAGGUUUGGAAACAGUUAACAAACCCAUCAAACCACAAUGCCGACACCAUAUCAACUCUCACAGAGAACCUCACCGCUAUUCCUGCAAAAAUCCUCACGGCCCAGUCUAGGGACUUCUUGGCAAUGUCCUCAGAUCAGCAACUGGAGUACCUCGAACAGCUAACAGACGUGCCGAUGUCGAAAGUUCCAGAAAUUGCAUGUAUAACUACCCUCAGGAUGCAUUCGGUGGAGAAGCAUGCAGUGUCGUGUCUGGUCAUAGGUACGGAAGAUGGAGAGAUCAUUUUAAUUGAGCCGCAAAUGUUUACUUCGUUGUCACAGGCCAAGGUAUGCACAGUAAAGAAAACGCCAUACCAGAUGGUGGCAACAGGCCUGUGCAGUGUGGACUACAGAAUCACAAUAGCUACAAGGGAGAAAUGCGUAUGCAUACUGAAGAGAGACUGGGCUGAAGGUAGAUUGUUGUUCACCACGCAGGAGCAGAUUAUAGCCGUAGAAGUCAUGCCUUCAGAUAACAGCGUAAUCGUCGUCUGCGCUGAUAACACUUUGGCCUGUUAUAGUAAAAAGGGCAAAAAACAGUGGCAUUUGAACUUAGAACACCGUCCAGUUGCCAUGAGCCUGUUCCCGGUGCUACAUUUGGGAGUGACGCUCGUUGGAGUGGCGCUGGCGUCGGGGCACGUGAUGCUGUACGACGGGAAGGCGAGGCGGGACGCCAUGUUUGUCAGAGAUGUCGUGUCGGUAAUGAAGUUCGGUCAAUUGGGACAAGAGGAGCACGUGCUCAUCAUAGUGACAUGCAAUGGUAACCUCAUGUUGAAGAUUUUAAAACGCACAGCUGACUUCAACGGUCACGCGGCGGGUGUGGAGGUCGCUCAGGCCAACGCCAAACCCUGGCUUAUACCCAAGAAGUCCAAACUGUUCAUCGAGCAGUCCGUGAGGGAGAGGGAGAAUGCCGUUGUGAUGCACGAGACUUUCCAACACGAGCUGAACAGAGUCCGUCUCCUGGCGGCCAGGACCCUUCUGGAAGCUCAUCUCAAGAGCGACAACAGCAUCGCUGUCGGCGCCAUGGAGCCUGUCAAACUGACAGCUGAGGUGGAAGGCCUAGGCCCUGUGUUCCGAGUGGGGCUCAUUAUAGAGAACACAUCAUCAUAUAAGGCUGUCAUCGGUCUGACUAUACUGUUUCAUGUACACAACACCAACUAUAAGGUGUCACAUCCUUAUAUUAAGGUGCCAUUAAUUUCUCCCGGUGGUAAACUGAAGUUCCCCACCAAAGUAAAAGAGGUUUUCGGUGACGACCUCAAUCCGGAGCUGCUGUUCAGAACCGUCACCGGUCAUGGUGGAGAAAGGUCUUUGUUGAAGGUAUUGCUGCUAAAAUCAGGCCGGCCGUCGGCCGUGUUGGCCGCGACUGUACAAAUGCCGCCCACCGACCCUAUGAUGUUGCCAUUCGAUAAAAUGCAAGGAGAACAAUUUGUAGCUUGAAAAAAUAUCUUUAUCUAUGAAUUAAUUGUUUUAUUUUAAUAAA